CUACCGAUAAUGUAGAUAAUCUUUUUACCGACACCGGUUGUCGGAAAAAUGGCGAAUGAAGUGCAGUUGGCCCAAACGGCUUUGCCGGAAGGAGACACUAUUUUUGGGAAAAUAUUACGCAAAGAAAUACCUUGUAAUUUCAUUUAUGAAGACAACUUGUGUGUCGCAUUUGACGACAUUAAUCCGCAAGCCCCCGUCCAUUUCUUGGUGAUUCCUCGCAAGCCUAUUCCUCAGUUGUCCAAGGCUGAAGAUAACGACGGACCUCUUUUGGGACACUUGCUGAUUGUCGCUCGGAAAAUCGCUCAAAAACGAAAUUUGAAAAAUGGUUUUCGUAUUGUGAUCAAUGACGGUCCUAUUGGAGCUCAGUCUGUUUAUCAUAUACACGUGCACGUUUUGUCUGGCAGACAGCUCCAAUGGCCCCCUGGCUAAUUCUCAGUGUGCUUUAACUCAGCUUCGAUUAGCUUGUAAUUUUCAUGUAUUUUAAUUUGGAUUGUAUGUGCUGGUUUUGUUUUGAGUUUGAGGGAAAUAAAACCAAAACUUAGUAAAUUAA